CUUUGCAAUAUCCUCAAUGAAUAAAAAUGUCAUUGAAGAAAAAUAAAGCUGCCACGAGGCUGAGCGACUACGUACUUUGAAAAUUGAUGGAUAUUUGCCUGAAAUGAUGGAUUUUCUGCAAGAGGGUUGGCGUUUGGAGCACUCAAACAUUAAUGAUAAGUCUUCAGAGUACGUUUUAAAGGGAGUCGUUUAUAAUGAAAUGAAAGGCGCUUUCUCUGAAAAUGGCUCAGUGUUCUCCCAAAACCUGCUUAACAAUUUGCUACCGGAUCACACUUACGGAUUUGUAUCCGGCGGCAAUCCACUCGAAAUUCCAAAGCUAACACACAAGAAUCUGGUAGAUUUUCACUCCAAAUACUAUCAUCCAAGUAAUGCUCGUAUAUAUACUUAUGGCAAUUUCGACUUACGAAGGACACUCGAUUAUGUUAAUAAUGAAUAUAUGAGCAAGUAUAAUGCUAUUGAUAAUUCUUAUAGCCGAAUACCAAACCAGCCACGCUGGGAUAAACCACGUAAUGUUCAUAUCUCUAGCCGUUUUGAUAACAUGGGAGCACCCUUCGAGAAACAAAAUCAAAUUGGUAUUGCUCUUCUAAUGUCAGAUGUAACAGAUACACAAGAAACAUUCGUGCUGCAUGUUCUAUCGGAAUUGCUGGUGCGUGGACCAAAUUCAUCAUUUUACAGGAGCCUUAUCGAGCCUAACUUCUCUGGUGGAUAUAAUCAGGCAACGGGCUAUGACCCACAAAUAAAAGACACUUUUUUUUGUGUGGGAUUGCAAGAUUUGCGCGUAGAGGACUUCGCACGUGUACAAGAACUUUAUGACAAAACCAUUAAGCAAGUUAUGUCGGAAGGAUUUGAGCUUAGUCACGUAGAAAGUGUACUACACAACAUCGAGUUAUUACUUAAACACCAGAGCCCACAAUUUGGUAUGGGUUUGCUAUUUAACUCUACUCCAUUGUGGAAUCACGAUGGCGAUGUGGUGUCCAGUUUGCGGGUGUCUAAUAUGAUUGCUAAUUUCCGUCACAACCUUGCAAAGGAUCCAAAGUAUUUGCAACAUAAGGUUGAACAGUAUUUUGCAACGAAUUCACAUCGUCUCACUUUAACUAUGUCUCCCGACGACCAUUAUGAGGACAACUUCAAAACAGCAGAACUAGAUUUAUUAAAGCAGAAAAUAAUGGCUCUUGAUGAUAUAAAACGUGUAGAAGUCUAUGAAAAUGGUAUAAAAUUGGACCAAGCUCAAAAAGGCCAUCCAAAUUUGGAAAUCCUCCCUUGUCUAGAUUUGUCUGAUGUGCAGAAAAUGCCGAAAAUGCCCUCAAUCGAAGUUCUGCGCAUUUGCAGCGUGCCAACGCAAGUGUGUCAUGUUCAUACAAACGACAUUUCGUACUUAAAAUUACAUUUUAAUGGUGCCAACUUAAAUCACGAUGAAGUUAUGUUGGUGCCCCUUUUCUGUGAUGUCAUUAACGAUAUGGGUACCAACAAUUACACUUUCAGAGAAUUCGACAAGUUGGUCUUAUCCAAGACAGCUGGGAUUGAUUUUAAAUUACAUUUCGCUGAGAAUAUAUACGAUAGUAAAUCAUACCUAUUAGGUGUUUAUAUGACUACACAUGCGCUGGAUAAAAACGCAGCCGAGAUGUUCGAACUGAGUACUGAAUUACUAACUAAGUUUAAGUUAGAGGACACCGAUCGGUUGAGCAUGUUAAUUGAUAAUUACAUUUCCAAUAUUUCUGUGGGUAUUGCGAGUUCGGGACACUUGUAUGCCAUGCAGAGCUGCGCGGGCAGCAGACAUAUUCUUUGGUGUAGUUCAUUAUCAACGACUUCGUCACAUGGUGUUCGAUAAGUGGCAAGUGAGAUCCACAGGUCCAGUUGAUGCUAUUACGCAACAGCCCAUAAAGGGUCGCAAGCGCGGUGGUGGUGUCCGUUUCGGAGAGAUGGAGCGUGAUGCUUUGAUCUCACAUGGUGCCGCCUUUCUUCUGCAAGAUCGUCUUUUUCAUAACUCUGAUAAGACACACACACUGGUGUGCAGCAAGUGUGGCAGUAUACUGGCGCCCCUGAAGAAGAUCAUUAUGCGCUCAGAGACUGGCAAAUUACAAUCGAUGCCAGACACUUGUCGGCUGUGUGGGGAUGGCACCGCUGUGGGGUACAUUGAAAUACCAUUCUCAUUUAAAUACUUAGUAAGUGAAUUAAGUUCAGUAAACAUAAAUGCGAGAUUAAAGUUAAUGAAUAUUUA